UUUUUUUUAUAAACCUCGAACUCAGCACGACCUUGUCAACGAUGUAUUAAACGUGAUUUGGCAACCACUUGUAACGAUGGUGUUCAUAAAAGAGAAAAACAGGAAUCAUAUGAAGAUUUUACUCCUCCUACCCCAUAUCCACAAGAAGAAACUACAAUGGGAACAAGCUUUUUGGAUACAAGUCAGUUGUUAAACUUCUCUCUUGCAGACCUUGGGUUCGGGUCAGAAACAGCCGGACUGGAGUAUGGCAUUAUUGGGAAUAUGUUACAAAACCCUAUGGAUCUCAUAUCUGGUACAACAAAUACAACAACUGCAACAAUAACAGCCUCAUCAUCAUCACCAACCAUAACUACUCCUACUCCUACUUCUUCCAUCAACAAUAUUACAUCAUCCUCGAACGUUAUGACUCAUACUAUUCCCACUACAACAUCUUCUAUGCCUUCAACAUCACCUCUUUCCCAAUCAUCUGUUACCCCAACCUCCUCCUCUCAUUUAGAUCCUAUGACCUCAAUCUCUUACAAUCCCACUACAACUUCUUCGUUCUCUCCUAACGCCAUGUAUCCCUUUACUCCUACCGUCUCUACUUCGUCUCCAAAUACCAUGAUGUUAAAUCAUCCAUCGCUCGCCCAUUCACAACAACAAGCUAUAAUCAAGCAACAACAGCAACAACAGCAACAACAGCAACAACAACAACAACAACAACAGCAACAGCAACAACAACAGCAACAACAGCAGCAACAACAGCAGCAAAAACAGCAGCAACAGCAGCAGCAACAACAGCAGCAACAGCAACAACAGCAACAUCAGCAACAGCAACAACAACAACAACAGCAAAAACAACAACAGGCGAACAAUAGGUCGGCUAUAUCACCGAACCAUCAACAUCAUCAUCCUAGUACCAUCAAACGGGAAAGUGUGGCGUCCACAUCCAGCGCAAAUAGUAGUAGUCGGAGGAAAGGUAGUAAUGGGAACACUCCUGAACAGGUUUACAACAGUGUCAAGAGACCAUUCAAUUAUGCCGAAGGAUUUCAUUACUUAAUUCAGUAUGUGAAACAAAAAAUGGGUAGAGAUGAUCUGAUGAGGAUUAGUCGUGCAUUGGCUUUGAUUCGACCUUCCUUUUUGGCAUUGAUUAUGAACUUGACAGAAGAGGAUCUAGUAUUUAUGGAAAAAUGCUUCCAACGAACUUUAUUGGAGUAUGAAAAGCUGAUCAGUUUCUCGGGAACCCCUACUGUGGUAUGGAGAAGGACAGGAGAAGUCUGUUUAGCUGGCAAAGAAUUCUCAUUACUGACACAAUGGACCAAGGAUGCAUUACUAGGGAAGAAAACAUAUAUUUAUGAGUUGAUGGACAAUCAAUCAGCUGUAGAAUAUUGGGAACAAUUUUCAACUCAUGCAUUCGACAAUACUGAUAAGGCUUGUAUUCAUUCUUGUAUCCUGCGAACUCCUCAACAACGACCUGUACCAUGUACUUUUUGUUUCACUAUCAAGCGUGAUAUUUUUGAUUUACCCAGUGUAAUUGUCGGCAAUUUUUUACCUAUACUUAGUUGAUAUUAAGCUUCCUUUUUAUCUUUUAUUGUUUUAUUUAUACCGCGCCUCAAAUUCUCCCUCUCCUCGAUUACCCCUCACACCAUAGCCCUACCUCAUUCGUUUACUUUUUACCAUAGUUUUAUUUUAUUUUAUUUUUUAUCUGAUACGCCUCUUCUGUAGCUCUUUAUUUUCUUUCUUUCUUUUUUUUUUGGCAUUAUAUCAUAAUCUACUUUUUACCUUUUU